AUGUCCAGCCUUAUCGAGAGUGAGCACCACUUCAACCAGCGCUGCGCUGAGGUGGGCCUGACCCCGACGACCAUCAAUGCCUUGAACCGGCUCGACCUUAAGUCUUUGGCGCGUCUCGGGUACUCGGUGGGUCAACCUGGGCAGCCUUUACCCGAAGCCACAUUGGCGUCUUGGUUAGAGUCCAACUUCGGGCAUGCGACGGUGGGGGAGCAUUCUGCGCUCAAGCGUCUCAUCUUUGAAGGGCAGACCUUGAUUCUUGCCGAGUUAAAAGAGCAGGUGACCCACCCGGACCGGCAGACGGCCAAGCCAGUCCCAGCGGCGGAGAGACAACGUCGAAUGGAAAUUCUCAAGGCCAGGCUGGUGGGGCUCCAUGUCAGUGAGUCGCUCGAGCCCGGCCACGCGCUUCUUGACUUGGCUGCCAAAAUGGAACAAGAGAACCAGAUCCAGUUCAUCCCGCCCGAGAAGUGUGUGUCGCGGCUCCACGAGGUCAUGAAUGUCAAGACGCCAACUAAGAUCGUGGAAUUGGAAGCGUCGCGAUUAGUUGUUAAAGAGGAGAGUGCGGGGCUGGAACAGCCCGCGUCGAGCGCUUUGCAGCUCCAAGACGCGCUCCGGCGUCGCGGCCUGGCCUUGGUGUUUGCUCAGUCGUGCAGCUGGGGCAGCUAUGAGAAGUAUGUUUGCAAACUGUUUGGUCACCUUGCGCGUGACCCGCCGCCAGGCAUGGCAAGGUGCUCCGUAUCGCAGCUCGCCGAGGCCGACCGGCAGUGCUGGGUGCGCCUUAUCCAGAUGGGAAUCAGUCCGCGCAAGCGUCCCGACGGCACCUACCCCCUUGACGAGGAGCUGGCAAAGGUUCUGGAAUCUUACGAGGUGUCGUUCACUCUGCAGCCACGCCUUGCCAAGGACGCCCCGUCCAAGCGUUCGGGAAGAGGCUCAGGAAGUGACAAGAAGAGACAGCAUGUGGACAAUCAUACUGGUCAUGGCAAGCAGAAGUUCUUGAAGCCUGGCGGUGGAAAAGGCGCCGGCAGAGAGCCUCGUCUCCCCAAGGAAUUUGUCGCGGCCGGAGCAGUGGGCACAACCCCGGAUGGAUCUGAGAUUUGCUUUGGCUACAGCCUCAACAAGUGUACUGCCAAGGAUUGUAAGCGUGCCCAUGUAUGCGCAAAAUGCUUUGGUGCGCAUCCGCUCAAGGAGCACAAGUGA